AAUCAUGGCCCCAAGGAUGAAUAAAGGACCCAGGAGUCUGGUCCAAAGGGCAGUUAUUACAAGAAAUCCAGAGAAAGCUAUCUCUGAGUAUUUUCAGUCGAAAUUGGAAGCUCGUCAAGUUACGAAAUAUCCAGAAUGGGACGUAGCAAGACACGGGCCAGAGGCAGAGCUGAUGAAGGCGCAAAGAGAUUUGACUCAGGCUGAACAAGAGCUCGAGAUAAAACGUGUUGAACAUGAAAACAAACGUCACGACAUGGAUCAACAGUGGGCAGAGAUGAGGAGAAAACAGAAUCUGUUUCGAGAAUCAUUCGUGAAAUUUGAUCAGUUCGUUCAGGAGAAUAGAGAGAAACGUGAGAGGGCCCAGAGGAAAAUUAAAGAAGAGAGGAAACGACAGCAAAAAUGCGAAGAAGAUAUAAAAACCCUCAAGGAUAAGAUAGAGCACAUGACCGAAGUUCGUGACAAAAUGCAGAGAUACGUGAAAGAUUAUAAAAGUGCGCAGAGUUAUUUGGAAAAAGUUAUAAGUGAAACUGGGGAGUUUCAGUCCAUAAGUGACAUUUUUAAUCGAUUCGAGAGUCUUGUAGAGGCAAGAAAAACAUUGACGAUGAAUCAGGACGAGAAUCUGAAUGCCCUAGGGAAAACUAGUACUGAAAUGCAAAAACUCACGGAGGAGAAGGGACAGAAGCUGAUGACUUUGAAUAAUCAAUUGGCGACUCUUGAAAGUAGAUAUGACCGAGCUAAGGCUGGUGCACUGAAGUGGGAGGGAAUCGUCACGAAAAUCAAAUCGACGGCUGGGGAUAAGAAUUUGGAAUUAACGCAGACCAAGUCCUGUUGCUGGAAUAUUUAUCAACAGAUUUGUAAGAGGAAGGGAAUUCCGGUGGAAGUUGAUAAAGGGGAUAUUGAGAAUCAACUGGUCCAUAUUAAGAGCACGAUCUUGGAGCUGAAGAGAAUUGUGAAGGCUGCGAACAAAAAAGCGAUGAAAGAAGCGAAAGGACAAAAAGCUUGACUUGCGAUAUCAAUUUUUUUAAAUCAAUUCUGUUCAAGUCUACUCCUAAAAUUGUGGUUUCCUCCUAUAAAUGAAGAAUUUUGGAUAAUAAUUAUGGUAGCAAAUGAAUUUUGACGAGGAAAAAAAUAUUGGGAAAACAUGGGACAAUGAGGGAUUCUAAAUCCAAAAUUACUUUUUUCCAAAUGAAGUGAAUAAUUGGAAUUGUAGAUAUAAUCGGU